AAGAGGCGCCCCCAAGACGACCCAAGAGGCCUUCCGUAGCCAUUUCGGCUCAAGUGCUCGGGCCCCCGCGCCCGCGCCCGCGGGCGGCCCCCCCGGAGCUCCCCGCCAUGAAGCCGCAGCUGUUCCGGCAGCGGAUGCUCGAGCUCGCCGCCGAGUACGAGAGCCUUCACGCGGGCCUGCCCGGCCGCGCGAGCCCGUCGCAGCGCGCCAGCCUGGCCAGCGGCUCGCUGGGCUCGCUGCGCGCCCAGGCCGGGAUCUGGGUGCCGCGCGCGAGCGCCGCGAGCUCGUGCGUGGACGAGCACGGUCUCGCGAGGAGGUUCAGCGCGGCGUCCUUCUACGCGCGAGCUCAGACGGCUCCGACCAGAGAGCGCCGCGAGCUGCACGAGCGGAGCGACUCGGGCGAUUCCGCCAUCGCCCUCCCGUCCAGAGUGCCGACGGUGUCGGUCGAGCCGGCCAAGGACGUGACGCCUCCUCAGAGCCCGCGGGCUCGCCUGGCCCUCCCGAGGCUCGCGGGGCUUCCAGGGCAAGAGGCGCGUGCGACGAUGCAGAGCAGCUCCACGGAGCCCACCCGCCUGUGCGUGGUGCCCGUGCCUACGCGGUCCGUCCGGAAGAUCCGGAACUUCCCUUCCGUCGAGUCGGUGAGCUCCAUGGACAGGCGGGUCUCCUUCGUCAAGAAGGCGACCACGGCCGACCUGUCUCCGAGGGCCGUCGACAGAAAGGUGUCGUUCCUGAGCUGGGCGCUGAAGUAUGCCGGCAAGGGUGACCAGAGUUGGCUGGAGUGGCUGGAUGACAUGUGGGACACGCUGGGGAGGGUGGAGGCUCCUCCCCGCCUGGGUUGGCUGCAGACGGUGAUCAAUAGCAGGCUGUUCAGUUUUAUCAUCAACUCGGUCAUCAUCGCGAACUGUUUCGCCAUGAUAUAUUCGGUGGACUUCGAGAUCAGCUCUGGAGGCCACAUUCCAGUCUGGGUCAUGUCGGCCGAGAUAACCUUCCUCGUGUUCUACGCGCUGGAGUUCUUGAUCAAGAUCUCUUAUUACCGCUCUUACUACUUCUACGAUAUAAACUGGAAGCUGAACGUCUUCGACAUGUUCCUGUUGUUUGCGUCCCUGUGGAACGUCAUCGACGUGGUAGGUUCGGACAUGAACAUCUCCUGGCUGCGGACGGUGCGGCUACUGCGGGUGGUCAGGGUCCUUCGCCUGGUGCGGGUGUUUUCUCUGGUGAAGCCGCUGCGCGACAUCUCCAGGGGGCUCCGAUCCACGAUGGUCACCCUUUUCUGGAGCAUCGUGAUGCUCUUCUUCAUCCUCCUGAUGUUUUCGAUAGCGUUUGUGCAGCGAAUGGCCACCUUUUUCGAGGAGCAGGGUGAUGGCGUGGACCCCACGUUGAGAGGACAGAUCUUGGCCCUGUUCCCCUCCGUUGGCAGAUCGAUGAUUACACUCUUCAUGGCUAGCUCCUCCGGCCAGGACUGGGUUGAGCAUUAUCUGGUUCUGGAGCAGACUGGUGACCUGAACAAGAUUGCGUUUGUCAUCUAUAUUGCCUUUAUUCAGAUCGCUGUCAUGAAUAUUAUUCUCGGUGUCUUUAUCGACCGAGCAAUGAAGAACAUGUCCAGCGAGGGCGCGGAGAUGGGACGGGAACACAUGGAGGAGGAGAUGCAGCGCGAGGCCGACCUCAGGGACCUCUGCUGUGAGGCGGACUUGGACGACUCGGGGAGUAUCAGCAAGGAGGAGUGGGACACGAUUGGUCAUAAGAAAAUGAUCAGCUACCUGAACAUGCUGGGCCUGAAGCCUUCCGACGUACAGGAGUUCUUCUCAAUGAUGAGCAGCGCUGCUCCAGAUGGCAAGGUAAACAUCGACGAUUUUGUCCGAGGCUGCAUGCAGCUGAAGGGCAACGCGUCCUGCUUCGACAUGCAGGCCAUGCGCUUCGAGCUGCAGGCCCUGAGGGAGAACAUCCGCAGGAACCAGCGGCAGAUGAGGCGGCUCCUCGGCGAGGACGACGAGUUCGAGAGCGUCUGCUUCGACGACGGUGCGUCCGACCGGGCGACCACCGUGGGCGACUACGUCGACUAAGCGGCCCCGCGGGGGAGGACCGGUCGCCCUCGUCGGCGCCCAGGGGCUGCGGGCUGCGGUGAUGCGCGGCGGGCGGAGGCCUGGCGUGGCUGAGGCCCGGAGGAGGGGGAGG